AUGCCGCCAGCCGGAUCGUCCGCCAAGAAACCGUCGUUGAAGCAGCUUAUAGCUAGGCUUAUGGAGUCACAGUCUUUGCUGCAGGACAUUUGGGAAUUCAUCGAGAACUUCAAGGAGGAUACGAAGCUUUCUCAGGUGGAAGUCCGACUUGAGAAGUUGGAGAACAUUUGGGAUAAAUUUUCGGAAACGUUAGUCGAGAUCAAGUCCCAUGACGACUACAAGGAAGACGAGACUUAUGACAAGGAAAGGCGGGAGUUCAACAACCGGUUUUAUGAGGGUGCGCUGGACAACGUUCGCUUGCCCCAAAUCAAGCUACAAAGUUUCAACAUCGACGAAUGGUUGAGUUUCCGAGACCUCUUCACCUCGCUCAUCCAUUGGAAGCCGGACCUGCCAGAAGUGGAAAAGUUCCAUUACUUAAAAGGAUGCCUUCAAGGGGAACCACGGAGCCUGAUCGAUCCGCUACAGGUAACCAAGGCAAACUAUCAAGUAGCAUGGGAUAUGCUACUGAAACGUUACAACAACAGCAAGCAGUUGAAGAAACGGCAGAUUCAAUCGCUGCUAUCAUUGCCAUCGCUUUCCAAGGAAUCCAUUGGGGAACUACAUUCGCUGUUGGAAGGUUUUGAGCGAAUUGUUCGAACUCUCGACCAGGUUGUCCAGCCAGCGGAGUACAAGGACUUACUGCUGGUGAAUAUUCUUACGUCACGCUUGGAUCCAGUGACACGGAGGGGAUGGGAAGAGUUUUCAUCGUCCAAAGAAACCGAUUCUCUAGAUGAACUGAGAGAGUUUCUCAACCGGCGAGUACACGUUCUGGAGUCAAUGACAGCCAAAUCGCUGGACACUAAGGGUGUUCAGCAACCACCAGCGAAACAGAAGCCAUCCGUUUCACGAACAAGUUUUACUUCGGCUCAAGCGUCCGGGGGGCGCUGCGUAGCUUGUUCGGGAAAUCAUCCGCUGUUCCAGUGCAAUUCUUUCCAACGGUUAUCGGUCUCAGACAGGGACGGCCUGCUGAGAACUUACUCCCUCUGCCGAAACUGCUUCAGGCCGGGGCAUUUGGCGCGGGAAUGCCAAUCCAAGUACUUGUGCAGGAACUGCAAGGGUCGUCAUCACACCUUGGUUUGCUUUAAGCCAGAAAGGGGUGGUGAAGGCAAGGUCACAGCGGUUGCAAAGGGCAACAUUCCAUCUUCCAACAAGGAAGGGCAAGGGGCUCCAAAUCUAAAUUCGUCUCAAAUGGCUAAUACGGCAGCCACGAAUACAACGGUUUCAAAUGCGGCACAGCAAUACUCCUCUCAAGUCUUGCUGGCUACAGCAAUCAUCGUUAUGGUGGACAACAAUGGUAACCAGCACCUGGCACGUGCUCUUCUGGAUUCCGGCUCCGAGAGCAAUUUUUUAACAGAACGGUUGUGCCAGCGUAUGAAAGUGACUCGAAAUAAGGUGGAUAUUUCGGUCCUUGGCAUCGGACAAGCUUCAACAAGGGUUAAGCAACGGGUUCGAGCUAUGGUGCGCUCGCGAGUCUCCCCAUUCUCGCGAGAGCUGGACUUCCUUAUCUUACCAAAGGUAACAGUAAACCUUCCGACGAUUUCGGUCAAAAUUGAUGGCUGGUCAAUUCCAAGUGGGAUCGAAUUGGCGGAUCCUGCCUUUUUUGAGUCUAAGGAAGUGGACAUCGUGCUCGGGAUUGAGUCGUUCUUCGACUUCUUUGAGACAGGCAGACGGAUUUCAUUAGGGGAACAGCUACCAACACUCAACGACUCGGUAUUUGGAUGGGUCGUUUGUGGAGGCACGUCAAUUGCUUCAAAUUCUCUACAACUAAGCUGCAAUAUUUCAACCUCCGAAGGUCUGGACUUGCUUUUGGAGCGUUUUUGGCAAUGUGAAGAACUUGGUUCGGAAAAGGCAUAUUCUAUGGAGGAGCGAUACUGUGAGGAGCAAUACCAGCACACAGUUCAUCGUGAGCAGGACGGUCGGUACACCGUUACACUGCCAAAGAACGAAGAUAUUCAUCCGAGCUUGGGCGAAUCGUGGGCCAUCGCCAACCGACGGCUUCAGGGAACAGAGCGCAGAUUGGCACGAGAUUCCAAUUUACGAGAACAAUACAUCGCAUUCAUGAAUGAAUAUCUCGCCAUGGGUCAUAUGAGGAAAAUUGACCAGGCUACUCAGGCAACGGUCCAACGAUGCUAUUUGCCGCAUCAUUCGGUGGUUAAAGAGGCAUCAACCACCACCAAGGUACGAGUAGUGUUUGACGCUUCCUGCAAGACGGCGUCGGGAGUCUCACUGAAUGAUGUUUUGCUGGUGGGGCCAGUGAUUCAAGAGGACUUGAGGUCCAUAAUUUUGCGAAGCCGUACUCGACAAAUUAUGUUGGUGUCUGAUGUGGAAAAAAUGUUCCGUCAAAUCAAUAUUUGCGAAGCAGAUAGACCACUCCAAUGUAUUCUGUGGAGAUCUUCACCGAUUGAGGAAGUUGGGGCAUAUGAGCUCAACACCGUGACGUAUGGAACUAAGCCAGCUCCUUUUCUAGCCACACGUACGGUCAAGCAACUGGCCCAAGAUGAGAAAACCCGGUUCCCAUUAGCAGCACGGGCUGCUGAAGAAGAUGUGUACAUGGACGAUAUCAUCACGGGAGCGGACGACGUUGCUACGGCUGCUAUUCUCCAAAGGCAACUUAACGAAAUGAUGGCUAGUGGCGGAUUCCGGCUUAGAAAAUGGGCUUCUAACAAUACUAAGAUACUGGAAGGUGUUGCUCCUGAGGAUCUGGCAAUCCCACUGUCUGUUGAGGGCUACUGGGAGCCGCGAUUACAACUGCAAAAGAUAUUUAUGCAGUAUCUGUGGUCAGUUCAGGACAAAAUGAUCAAAACUCGACUGGGAUCAACCACUCCCUUCCACGGUGGGUGA